GUUGAGGGUCACACUAUUAGCUUCAUUGGUUUUUUUUGCCUACUCCGCGGAGGUAAAUAAACUAAUAUUUAGUUUAGAUAGCCAUAAAUUUAAGACUAAUAAAUUAAAUCGAAAGCAAAUAAAUAAAAACCCUCACUGAAGAAAAAUGCGGUAAGAUAAUUUUUUUUUUGAAAGAUUAAAGUGGUAAUCGGAGCUAGCAGCUGUCGGCUUGAUAAACUGGCGAAAGGUGAACUGAGUUCAUUGUAUUGUUACGCAUUACGUGUGCCUCCACCCGCAGUCCCUCCUCCUCCUCAUUUUCAUCCACUCAAGAGUUCGGGAAGCUGCCAAAAAAUAAUAAAGAAAAAGACUAUACGCCGCUCGGCAUAAUCAAUUAAAAUGCCUAGGAAUCUUCCGUUCCUCCCGCUAGCCCUUUGUGCCAUCGCCUUUCUGGCCGCCGUGGGUCCAAUGCCUGCAAACGGGGCGGUGGCCAAUAGUCACAAGCACGAGAAACAUCAUAGCAAGGAGCGGGUCAAGGAUGGCAUCUACGCCCCCCGGGAUGCUCAUCACCACGGCGAGGAUGGGGAGCACAACGUGGAGUUCGAUCAUGAGGCCAUCAUUGGAAAUACGAAAGAGGCUCAGGAGUUCGACACACUUACACCAGAGGAAUCGAAGAAGCGUCUGUUGGUUUUAAUCAAAAUGAUGGAUCUAAAUAAGGACGAAUUUGUUGACCGGCAUGAGUUGAAAGCAUGGAUAUUAAGGUCUUUUAAAAAACUAUCUGAAGAGGAAGCAGCAGACAGAUUUGAAGAAAUAGAUCAGGAUGCGGACGAGAAAAUAACUUGGAAAGAGUAUCUGCAGGAUACAUAUUCCAUGGAGGAUGAAGACUUUAAAAAAGAGACCAUUGACUAUGAAAGCUAUGAGGACGAGCAAAAGAUGAUAAAGCAGGACAAAGAGAUGUUCAAUGCGGCAGACACGAAUAAGGAUGGAGUUCUGACGAUGGAGGAAUUUAUUUACUUCCAAAAUCCCGAAGAGCAUCCACAGAUGUUACCUGUACUUCUGGAGCACACUAUGCAGGACAAAGACUUGGAUCACGACGGCAAGAUCAGUUUCCAGGAGUUCGUCGGCGAUGCAGCUUCACAUCACGACAAGGAGUGGUUGAUCACGGAAAAAGAACGAUUCGACAAGGAUCACGAUAUCAAUGGCGAUGGUGUGCUUACGGGCGAUGAGGUUUUAUCCUGGAUUGUGCCAAGUAAUACGGCGAUUGCCAACGAUGAAGUGGAUCACCUGUUUGUAUCCACCGAUGAGGAUCAUGAUGAUCGGCUGACAUACCUGGAGAUACUUAACAACUACGAUACCUUUGUGGGCAGCGAGGCCACCGAUUACGGGGACCACUUACAAAACAUAAACCAUCUCUACGACGAGCUGUAGAUCCCAGCCAAUCAUCAAUCCUGCUAUAGUGAACCUGUGCUUAGUAUUGUAUUUCAUUUAAAUAGUUAGUAAAUUGAAGUUUUAUUUAUGUAAAUUCAUGCGACAAUUGCAAAUCAAUAUCGCUAAAUUGUUUUGAGCGCUUCUUACAAAUUUCAUUUUCUUGUCUUAUUUCUGGUUUGUCAUUUACCAAUUAAAUUAUGUGUUGUAAUUUAUAUAGACACCCAAGAAAAAAAAUUCUACAAAAAUCAUAAUAAAUAAUUUUUACUAAA